GCUUAGUCCUGGCAUAAAGAUUUUGGUUGAUUUUCCGAUACAGACCAACCCUAUUAUUUUUGUAAACUGUACAAGGAUUUCUAAACUAGAUCAUAGAUCUAUUUCUAGGGUUAAAGUUUUAAACUUAUUGUUUACUUAGCAUUUUAUAAAAAUUCAUUUGUCUGUUGAAAAUGUACAUGAUCAAUUAAUGUAUGAUACCUCAUCAUCUUCUUCAGUACAGUCUACAGAGAGUUACAGAGCACAAUGAGUGGUGGAAAAGUGGAUAUUAAAGUUGUACUCCUGGGAAAAGCAUAUGCAGGAAAAACAAGUCUUGUUGAACGCUACAUUCAUAACAGAUUCCUAGGCGAAACAGUCCCAUAUCAAAAUACAAUAGGUGCAGCCUUUGGUGCCAAAACAGUAACUGUCAACAACCAGAAUGUAGUUAUUGGCAUUUGGGAUACAGCAGGUAGUGAGAGAUAUGAGGCUAUGAGCAGAAUCUACUACAGAGGGGCUAAAGCUGCCAUUGUCUGCUAUGACUUAACAGACAAAUCAAGUUUUGAUAGAGCAAGGUUCUGGAUUGGAGAGUUGCAGAAAUAUGAACAAGGGUGCCAAAUAUAUUUGUGUGGAACAAAAUUUGAUAUCAUUGAAGACAACCCAGACCUUCGGACAGUCAGUGAGAGAGAUGCCCAUGCUUUAGCAUUAGAUGUUAGAGGAGAGAAUUAUGAAACAUCCAGCAAAACAGGGAAAGAUAUUGAUAAAAUUUUUACUAAAAUAGCUGUUGAUUACUUAGCUUCAAAGACAGCUCAUAAAAAUGAGGUUGAUGCAGAUAUUGUUGAAUUAAGAAAACAUCCCAAAAAACAUUUAUGUCAAGGUUGUUCUUAGUUUUAAAGACAUUUCUGUUUGUACAUAGAUUCCUUGCUUAAUAAUCAUGUACUUUCAUUGCUAAACAACAAUGAGACUGGUGUUGUUUUAAUCAAUUAAUCUGGCGGUAUUGAAUUCACCUGGAGACAUGAUGGAGACCAAUAAGCAAUCUGAAUUGUGUCAGGUCACUACCAGGUUUAGCCAAAUUUUGCUCACUAAAUUGUUUUUGUUUUCUAAGUUUAAUAUGUUUCUGAGAAUAUAGCCAGACAAAAAAAAAUGUGUGAAAACUUACAAGCAUUUUGAAGGUUGAUGAGAUUGAUACUUCAUUAUUAUUUUAUAUGUACUGAAAAUGUAAUUCUACAUUUAUAUAUUGGUGUAUUUAUUAAAUCAGUGAAGAUUGUGUGGUGAAUAAGUUCCUUUUUUUUUAAUGCAAUCUAUUUUAAGUGGAAAUAUUUUGUUUGUUCUUUAGUAUUCAGUAAUAUAUUCUAAUUAGUAAGGAUUUUCAAAAUAUUAGUCUCUUCUGCUAUGUUUUAUGACAUAUCUAUCAGUGAGGCUUCUGGUAACAUGACAUUAGUUUAGUGAUUGCCUGUUACUUUUGGACAUUGAUGCUAUCUGAAGUUAUUGUUGUCUAUGCUAUAAAGCAGAAAGUAAGGUGUAUGUAUGUCCCAAAUAGAAAUCAAAACCGUUUGACCAAUCCUGAUAAAAUUUGGCAUAAAUGUUCCUUUGGUAAUAACUGGAACAGUAACAUAUAUGCAAAGUAACCCUAAAUUAAGCUUGACCCUCAAAAAAAAAAGUUGCCUAACUCUAUGAAAGUAUUACUAUUUCAUGGAUCUAGGUCAUAUAGCCAUGUUUACAUGAGACAAGAUCGAAAGGAUCUAGAUCUAAUUUUAAGAACUACACUUUGCAAAGAUAGUUUUUUACUUUGACACAUUAGAAUACAAAAUAUAGUCCAUUCAUUUCAUUAAUAAAAUUAACCUUCAAAUUUGUGUUUAUAAAAGAAUUUUUACAUAAAUUUGUUCCUUAUUCUGUGAAUCAUCCUGACGUAGUUUAUAUCCCAUUCAUCACACGCUUCUUUCAUUUUAAUAACUAAAUCUCUAUUAAAGAAACUUUUAAUAAAUCAGGUAAACCCGUUUCCAUAGUAUUUAGUAUUUAAUAUUUUAUAUGAAUGUAUCGGCUAAUCAGGUAACCUUAUUUUCGCAAAAGUACUUUUAUUUUCGUGGCAAAAGAGAAAAACUUGAAAGGAACAUUAGCUAAGUUUGACAUAAAUCCAAUCCACUAGAUUAGUAAUACACAAACUAAGGCCCACAGGCUGCAGGUAAAAUCCAACUAGUGUUCAUUUAAAAUACUGAUUAUAUCAGUAAUUUACCUUAAAAACAUAAUGAAAAAAUAUUGCAAUAAUUAGCACUCUUUGCCUCACUCUUUCCUUCCAAGAGUUGUUUUUUUGUUGUUUCUUUUUUUUUUGUAGUUUAUUAUGAGUAGAUAGAAGCACAAUUGACAUUUUAUAAAGUGCUGUAUUAACUAUUGUUAGAUGCAUUAAAUGCAGUGUUUAUUCUUUGUUGAUAGUAGAGGUAGUCAAAGACAAAUUUCUUAUAGGUUUAGAUAAUCAAAAUCUGGUAUAUUUCAGUUGGAAUUAAAAUAAACAUAUGAGUGAGCCAGUCUGCAAGUGUGUAUGUCCCCACAUGUAAAGAUGUAAGUCAGGUGUUGUAUUUGUCCUCAAAUGUAAAGAAUAUCUUACAAGGCCAAGUGUCCCCCAACUUUUUUCACUAUUUAUUUCACAGUGUUAUGAUUUUUAUUAGUCUUUUAUUUUAAAAUCCUCAAUUGUUUGCAUUUCAAACAAAUCAUUAUUUUAAAUUUGGUAAGGGUGCUAGUGGACAUUUUGAGGGCAGAUCAUUUCUUUAAAGGAAAACUCCUAUGGUUUUGACAAUUUUUGAUAUAACGUGUUUUGAUUUACAGAAAAUGAAUAUAUUCUGCUUUUUAUUUUAUUUUCAAUAUUAACUUGAUAUUUGAUGUUUUUCUGAUGUAUUUUUUCUGCGCAUUCGAAAUGGUCAAAUUUUUACUGGGUUUCUAUGUGACGUCACACAAACCUAUUAAUUCAAUCUUUUGAAUUACAGUACAACAGGAAACCAUACAGUAAAUUAGGUCUAUGCAGUUAUAUCUAGAUUUUGUAAGCAAAGAAAAAAAUAUGUGUUAAAUCCAAACAGUUUUUUUAAAUGAAUUUCAUAGACCUUAUUUUCAUUGUAAUCAUUUUCUUUGCUGUUAAUCCGUUUACUUCUUUUUAUUCAUUGUAUCCAUAAUUGAUUAUUUUAAUACACUUUUUUUCUCUUCAAAGCCUUUAGUGCCUUCAUAAUUAAAAAACAAAAUUAUGUUACAUUAAACUAGACUUCUAAUUACUGAAUUGUGACUAUUACAGUAAAGCCAGUUCUUGGAAUAAUAAUUCAGUAAUAUCUCAAAUGGGUAAACUAAUUUUCUUGUGUAAUUUAUAGUCUUUUUUAAAUAGUUCAGUAAUUAAUAUGAAUGUCAAAAAUAGCUUUUUUUUUUUUUUUUUUUUUCAUUGUUGCUUAAACAUUAUUUAGUAACUUAAUUUAUUGCUUCAAUACCCAGGAAUAGACUGAAAUUAUACAUGGCCAUAACAUAUACCUGAUUGCAUUGUGAUGAGAAUGCCCUCUUCCUAAUUAGUUUCAACUUGCAGAAUUAGGGUUAUCUGUUAGUAAAUACAAACUUAAUGGGGUACACUUAAUAGAGCACCCUAAGCAUGCUAAAGGAAAGUAGCAUGGAUAUGUGAUAUACUUGAUAAUAAGCAUAUUAAGUCCAUCUUUACUUCAUUUUGGCUCAAUCAUGCUUUUUAAAGUUUCAAUACAGGGAACCUUUCCAUCACAUUACACAAUUCAAGUGAAGGUUUUAUCCAUAAGGUUUUUCCAUGUAAAUUAUUUUUUAAGUAUUAUUUUGAAUAUCUCAACAAAUGACUAUUUCCAUCUUGAAGUAAUUCAUUACAUGAAAAAUUUGUUUUAAAAUAAGUCUUUCACAAAACUUGAGUCUACAUGUAGAGCAGUUUUCACCUGUAUUGUUGUGUACAAAAAUAUUUCUAUACUUAGUCAAUAAAUUGCUUCAAUUUUAAA